AUUAGACAAGAAAGACAAGUCGAGAACGUACUUCUUACACUAAACCAUGAAACAGAAGCUGGAAAUUGUAGCCCUGAUCCUGGGCUUUUUUGGCUUAUUUGGGACAAUAGCUGUUACAGCUCUGCCUACCUGGAAGGUCUCUGCCUUCAUUGGGGCUAAUCUUAUAGUCAUGGAGGAACUGUGGGAAGGCCUGUGGAUGACCUGCUUCAGACAUAGUAACAUCAAGAUGCAGUGCAAGGUCUACGACUCACUAUUGAUUCUCCCAGCCGAGCUGCAGGCGGCCAGAGGAUUUAUGUGUGUCUCCAUCGCCCUGGUGUUCAUUGCCUUGAUUGUCACAGCUUUUGGAAUCCAGAGGAGCAACUGUUGUGGCGACAACAUGAAGAGCAAAAACAUCAUUCUGGCUGUCGGGGGAUGUUUGUAUCUGAUUUCGUUUUUGACCACACUCAUUCCUGUCAGUUGGGUGGGUCACUCGAUUAUCAGGCAGUUCUACAAUCCAACUGUGCUGGAUUCUCAGAAACGAGAGAUAGGACAAGCCAUCUUCAUUGGCUGGGGAACUUCUGGUGUGUUACUGGCAAAUGGAAUUAUCCUGCUCGUCCGAUACAGCAAACGAAGAUCCAAAGAAGAAGACCUCUACCAAGAUGUAUACAAUAUGGAGGAAAAGAGUGCCAUCAAAGAGGACACUGUAUAUCUCGCCCAGACAGGAUCCGGCUUGCAUAAAUUUCAAGAAUAUGUGUAAAUAAUUGUACAUUUUUGCUUUCUGCUGAAUGUAUUUAAUUGCAUAGCCUAAGAAAAACUACACAAGCUGACUUGCACAUGCCCAUCAAAAUGAAGGUGUGGCUACUUUCUUACAAGCAGUACUGGCUACAAAUGUUCUUUACCAUUCAACCAAUUUUGUACAUGAAAAAGUAUUCAUUUAAUAUGAGUAUUUUUUCUUUUACUUUUAUUUUUAACAAAUGCACUUAUCUCUCUGCAUGUCCUUGACAUUUUUGUGUUCUAAUAAACUAAUUUUGGUGAGCUGCUCUUGA